AUGAAAAAAGAAAUAAUCUUUGAGUUUCCAGAAAAAAUAAUUUUAUGGUUAUAUUUUUGUUAGCUGAAUGGAUUUUUGAUUAAUGGAGUGGAGAAGAAUUUUACAAUUUAAUAAGAGAAUUAAUAUUUAUUCACGAUUCUUGAUUAUGCUAACUUUAUAAAGCCUCUAAGUGAAUUUUUAAAUUUGGAGAAUAUGGCUGUGCUUUUGAUUGUGCAAUUAAUAAUUUUGUAUGCUGGAAAUUUUACACUAAUGUUGUUGAAAUAGGUAAAAAUAUCAAUUUGUUAUUAGAAAGUUAAAGUAGUUUGUAAUUACUUUAUUUUAUUUAAUUGGAUAAUGGUCUCUCCAUUUUAAACUGUGUUUGCCAUGGUUUCAAGAAAAAAUGAAUUUAUUCACAAUUCAAUUUCGGAUUUAAAUGCUAAUAAAUAGAUUUUUUUCUUAAUUAUUUCUAUAUUUGGAACAAUAAUAAUAACUACCACUUCUUUAUUAUCAAAUUUUAUUUUCUAAAAGAGAGAAAUUAAUUAGGGAAUGCUUCUUAAAUACAAUUUUAAGCUUAAUUACUUUAUAGGCCCUUUAACUUAGCUCUUUAUAAUUAUGACAUAUUUAUUGUAAGAUUAGUCAUUGCAAAUUAUAACUCAUAUUUAACAUUUAAUACUUAUGUUUAUUCAUUUAAUAAUAGCAUUAUAAUUUCCUUUUGGACUUACUUCAACAUCACUUCAGUAUAAUUAAUUGAUCAUACUCAGUAUCUCCUUUAAUUUUCUCAUCUUUAUUUGGCAAUACUUUAGUCAUAACGAUUAAUUCAUCUUUUUGUCUUUUUUUAUAAUCGGAAUGUUAUUAUGGUAUUCUGUUGAUUUAAUAUUCUAAAGAAGAAUCGAUAAGAUAAUACAUAACUUUUGUAAAAAAAGAGACACUUCCCAUUUAGCUGAAGUGUUAGAAUAUUUCAUCUAAACUCAUUCAUAUACUUUGAAACACUUACUUCAGUUGAAUGUUCAUAGAGUUCAUUGUUAAGAUCUGCUUUGUCCUUGUCAAGAUUGUCAGUUGUUAGUAAUUGAUAAUAUUUCGAUAGUUCAAUUAGUAAAGAAGCAAUAAAGGAAAAAGAAGUUUUUUAUUUAAAAGUGGAUUAUGCAUUAAUACAAAACAUAUUUAUUAAAAACAGAACUAACAAAAAAAUAGUAAAAUUUACUAAUUUUGAAUUAUUUAUCUUUCUAAAGAAUCUUCUUGGAAAAUUACGUUUUGAUUUGUAAAACCAUUUACUAAUGUAUUGAAUAAACAGAAAAAGUAAAAACGGAGAUGUACAAUGUUACUCAAACUUUAUUAUAUGUGAUUCAAUAAAAUUGCAAAUAACAAUUAAUUAUGCAAACGUUGUAAUAAGUAAAAAUAACUUAAUAAGAAUUCAUUAUUAUUACUGAUAUUAAUAUAAUGUAUGAAUUAGCAGAUAAGAUUAUUCUCCAUUUAUCUAAAGUAAUCCAAAACUAAAUUUAAUUGUGGGAAAAAUACUUAAGAAAUGAGAUAAAAAAUUUCGAUUAACUUUUGGAAAUCAUUAAUUCAAUCAAAGAAUAAAAAUAGAAAUGCCAAGAUCUGUUUGAAUUAUACUAAAACUUCAGAAAUUAAACUAAAGAGAACAUUUAUUCUUUGAGAUAAGAUUUAAUCUAAAUGACUAAAAUUUAAUCUUAAUUAAUGUAGUUAGAAGAUGCAUAACAAUUUGAUUUAAACUUAAAUGACUUUAACAAUCUGUCUUUUUUAACUGGUCAAGCUUUGUCUAUAAUAUCAAACAUUAGUUCGGAGAAUCAAGGAAAAUUGGAGCAAUAAAUAACUAAAGAAUUUAAUUAAUUUUUUGGAUAUAAUAAAGACGAAAAAAAAUUGACUCAUAUCAAACAAUUAAUGCCAUCCAAAUUUGCAGAGGUUCAUUCUGGAUUAGUUGAAAAUUUCUUUUUUAAAGGAUAAAGUGAUAGGAUUAAUAAUGCUUCUGUAGCAUUUAUUUUAAAUUCAAAAAAUUUAAUUGAAUAAAUCAAACUAUGCUUAAGCUAUUUUUUCCCUGUUAACUUAAGAGAUACAUCUUUUUACAUGAUUGCACAUGUUUAGAAAACAUCAAAAUAAGAGUAAGGCAUACAUGAUGAAAAUUUAACAGGUUAUUUCCUAAUUGAUAAAGAAUUUAAUAUUUUUGGAAUGACUCAAAACAUUUAUGAGAAAUUAAAUUACAGAUAUUAUUUUAAGAAUGAUGCAAAUGCGAAUUUAAUGCCUCCUUAACAAUUUUAUGAUGAUCACAAUAUUUUCUCAUUGAUACCAUCAUUUUAAUAGAAAUUGUAAAAUUAUUAUGAAAGAUAACCAAAUGAAACUUUGAGAGAUAAUGAUGUAAUUUUAAUUAAGGAGAGAGGUUUGCUAAAAUUAGAUUUUCAAAAGUAGGAAUAGGAACCCUCUGCUUCAAAAUAAUUUAAUACUAAAUUUUCAUUUGCUAAAUUUACAAAUAAGCACAUUUUAAAUUAAAUGCUUGACAAAAGUACUGAACUAUUUUAGAAUUCUGAAAAUAUUAAAUAUUUCCCCAUCGAAUAUACUGUUACUUAGAAAAUCUUACAUGCUUAUAACGUAAAUAAUAAAAUAGAUCCAUUUUUAUAUUAUUUGAUUGAAAUUGAGAUGUUAGAGGAUUUUAAAAAGAUAUCAGAAUUAAAUAUUAGUACCAAUAAAUUUUUGAAAGCUAAUAAUAAUAAGAAGCAAUAAUCAUCUUAACAAUUAGAAACGUAAAGAUAAACUACUGCUUAAUUGCUUUAGUUUGAAUCUAUAAACUUUAUAACAAGUGAUCAUCUGAUCUCAUAAAAUGGUGAUAAAAAAGCCUUUUUAAAAGAAUCCCCUUUAGAAAAAUAAUAAUAACAAUAAAAGAUAUAAUCAAAAGGCCUAAUUCCUAUAUAAAAUAACGCAUAAGUCAAAAAGUCUUCAAUAAUGAAUAUUCCUAAGAAAGUCCACAAUUUCGUUGAAUUUUUACAAACGCAUAAUUACCCAUCGAUAUUUCAUGGAAUGAUUGGGUUAAUAAUAAUUCAUUUUCUGGUAGUGGUGUUCUAUAUCACUAUUACUGCUAUUUUAUUUGAAUAGAAAAAGGACAUUUAAUCGAAUUGCAUAAUUUACACUUUUAGUGACGUUGAUUAUUUUAAUGGUUUUAGUUUAAUUCUCUCUGGUUCCAGACACACAAUAUAUAACUCAAAUUAUCUAAAUAUAUUAGAACCACUAAUUUUAAAAGUUGACAAUCAAGCAUUUAAAUUGACAAGUAAGGAUUGCAUAGUCAUUUCAUGGCAUUUAUUAAUGUCAGGUCAAUAUGAUCUUGUUGGAAAGUAUGAAAACUAUUCUAAGAUACUUAUAGGAUAUGAAUAAAAAUAGAUUCCUUACUAUUUUCCCGAUUAUUCUAAUUCAAAGAUCCAAAGCUAGAUGUUACUUGAUUAAGCUGCAUAUUACAAUGCGAUUAUAUUAUCAUUAAAUGCGUACCUAUCUGGUGGGAAUGACAACAUAUUUUUAGUGAGAUAAAGAUAUAUACUUUAUUUCAAUUAUUAAGAUGCCAUUGAAUUGACUGGUGAUUCAAUCCAAUCGUGCUAUGAUUAUAAUAACGAUGCAAAUAAAUAUUUUGAUUCUUUCACUUAAAUAUGGUUUAUCAAUAUGUAUGUGGUAGCAAUCUUACUUCUAAUAUUCCACAUUGCAACUCUUCUUAAAAUUAAAAAGGUAAUACAAAUUUAUUUGAAAUAAUUUAUACAAGUAGAUUAUGAGGAAAGUUAAAUAAUAGUCAAAUAAUUUGAGAAUAUGUUACAAACCUUAAAAUAAGAAAACAUCUUAUUGAAAUACUAAGAGUUUGAAGCUAUCAAAUAGAUUCCAUAAAAUGUUUUGUAAGUUUUGUAGCAACAAGAAACUAAAACAACUUUAUCAGACGAAAAUGAAAAUAAUAAUAACCGCAAAAAAAGAGUGACAUCAAUUAAUGCCAAAAAAUUAAGUUUUGCUAACCCAUCUUUUUCAAUCAGGAAAUCCCUUUUGCUUUAUAUUUUCUUGAUGUUUCUUAAAAUAUCCUUUUUAGUCGUAUUUGAGAUCUAUUAUGAAUACUUAUCUUCUGGUAUUGCACCUGCAGCCAAAAGAGAGUUAGAAUCAUAAUAAAUGAGGUUAGAUUUCAUUAUGACAAUAAAUAUGUGGGAUACAUACAUCUUAAAAUCAUUUUAUAAUGCAACUCAACAUAUAGCAAAUACUAGUUCUAAAUUUAAUUAUAAAAAUUAAAAUAUCCUCAACAACUAAAAGCUAUUCAAUUUGUUAGAAAUUGAUAAACAGUAUUUAUUGGAAAAAGUCAAAGUUAUUCAAGCUUAUGACUUAACUGAUUUUUUAUAUCAUAAUUAAGAUGAGUAAAAUUCAAAUUUGUUGAUUUCUGAAUCCAAUAAAUAAAUCUUGUUGGGUCAAGAUGUUUGCUAAUUGACAAAUUGUAAUAUGAAAAAUGAUUUAUUCCAUGAUCGUCCUUAUACUGAAUAGUUGAUAGACUAUUAUUAAGUUGGCCUUAUAUAAUUAUUUAAGAAUGUCUUGUAAGUAAUUACAGAGCACAAUUAUUUGAUAACAGAUGACUCUUUAACACCUGAAUAAAAAGUUUAAGGGAUUGCCUAGAUGUAUCAGUCUUUCAAUUACUUUAUUUAUGUCUUUUAUGGAUUGGAUGCUACCUAAUAUCAGAUAGCAUAGUUUUGUAAAUAUUUUUUAGAUUAAACCUUAAAUUAAUUAGAAUAUUUAACAUCAUCAGACAUUGCUUAUAUUUUAUCUUUUGGGAUUUUAUUAAUGAUAAUUACUUUUAUCGGCGAAUUCUACAUAAUCAUCCAUUACUUUAACAAAUUUGAAUUAGCAAAAGAAAGCAUAAGACAAAUCCCAUUAGAGACCUUAUUUCAAAAAGGAAUCCCAAAAAAAUUAAACAAUAUUAUGAUGAAAUAUAAAUGA